GCCUCUUUUCCGCCCAGACCUCCGCCCCCCACCCCCGCCACGCGAGGCUGCGGCGCACGGUAUGGGUGUGUUUGUGUGUGUUUGUGUGGGGAGGGCGUUUGGAGGGAAGGUUACCGGGAGCUCCGAGGCCGCCGGGGGGCAGGAAUCCCGGUGACAAAGAUGAGGACACGUUCUCUGUCUUCCACUUGGAAACCUCACCCCCCCUUUCAGGCACCCUAAUCACUUCCUGGGGCCCAACCGAAGGUCGCACCCGUCCAAAGCGUCCCCAUCCUUUCUGGGGCGUGCGACCUAACCCCGGGCUCCGUCCCAGCGGAGCGUGAGCGAGGAAUGCCCGGCUCAACCGGGCCGUCCGAAAUCCCCGCCGGCGCAGCCUCCGGCCUCGGCCCGAGAGCGAGAGCGGCCCGUGGCUCCGGGCUGGGGGACAGGCGGCCGCGGCCUGGGCCGCGGGAGAGGGCAGAGUAACCGGUGGGAAGGCCGCGUGCGAAGCUGCAGAGCUGCCUUGGAGCCCUGACUCCUUGGCUUCCUGGCUCGGAGGAGAUCUUGUAAUGGAAUGGUUCUUCGUCUCACACUAACAAGAUGCCUGAUUUCCUCAGGAUCGAGGGAUUGAAGAAUGUCCCGGGUUCCACUGGGGAAAGUUCUCCUGAGGAAUGUCAUCCGGCACACGGAUGCUCACAAUAAGAUUCAAGAGGAAUCAGAUAUGUGGAAAAUAAGAGAACUAGAGAAACAGAUGGAAGAUGCUUACCGUGGGACUAAAAGGAAAAUGUUACCCAGCAGUUCGAGCCGAAUGCGUAGUGAUGGUUUUGAUGAAGAAAGUCAGAGAGACUAUUGGAGACCAAAGAAUGAUAUUUCUGGGACAUUGGAAGAUGAUUUUCUUAAGGCUAAAUCCUGGAACAAGAAGUUAUAUGAUUAUGAAGCUAAUAUGCCCGACAGAUGGGGUCACAGUGGUUAUAAAGAAUUAUACCCUGAAGAAUUUGAAACAGACAGUGAUCAGCAAGAUAUUACCAAUGGAAAAAAACCAUCUCCCCAGGUAAAAUCAUCUACCCACGAAUCCCACAAGCACAAGAAGUCAAAGAAAUCCCAUAAAAAGAAGCAGAAAAAAAAGUCACAUAAAAAACAGAAGAAAAGCAAAAAGGAAGCCAUGGAUAUAACGGCAGAUUCUUCAAGUGAGUUCUCAGAAGAAACUGGGGCUUCUAGUACUAAGAAAAGGAAACAACCACAUAAACGCAAGAAAAAAUCCAGGAAAAAGUCUAUCAAAAAAUCUGCUUUAUUCUUAGAGGCAGAAAGUGACACUUCUCAGUCAGAUGAUUCAGCAUCCAGCAGUUCUGAGGAAAGUGAAGAAAGACACACUAAGAAAACCAAAAGAAAAAAGAGAGAUAAAGUCCAUAUCCCUGUGGCUAAUAAUGAAAUACAGAAGAGGACAAACAAACGCACCAAUUGGAAAGUGGCUACAGAUGAAAGGUCUGCUGAGAGCUCAGAAGAUGACUAAAUGGGAAAGGAAGAUGCUUGUUUCCCACGUGACUGGUAUUUUACAGCUCUUAUUCAUUGGAGUUUUGCCAAGGACUCUUGUUCAACACAGGGGGCCUGAGGUCAGAGCUGUCUUGUGCCAUCUAAAUAUGUUCUGACAAACUUAUCUUCUAUUUUGGCCUGUUAAACUUGAUCCCCUUUUGUUGUUACUAGGGAAUCUGGUAUUUUGUUAUGAAGGUUUCUUGAAGAGAUUAUUUUUUGCAAUUAAUCACAUUUAGUGUAGAGUACAUAUACAGCAAAUUAAAGGACCCAGAAAGCUGAAUCCAAUAAUGACCUGGAUAUGCCAAUUAGAUAUUGAAUUUGGGGAAGUCAAGGGCUGAGAUUAAGAGGUGAAUUGGACCCAGUGCUGUGUAGAAAGGUAUGACAAGGGAACACUAUGUGGCUGUCUUUGUUAAAAUAGCAGGUAUCACAAUUGGCUUGUCUGUAGCCUUGGUGCUUUGAUGCUUCUGUAUUUUGACCCCAUGGAUGUGGUCCAGUUUACUUAAUGAGGAAAUGGGCUUAAGAACAAACCUUUCCCCUUGACGAUAUUAUCCAUAGAUAACCAUUAUUAGAAGGGACUAGAGUUUUGUCAAAUGUCCCUGCUGGACAGGGUCUAGAGUUACACUUAGUAGCUUCUAAAUAUGGCAUUGGAUUUUUUUUUUUUUUUUUAGUUCCAUUGCUAUAUAUUGCCUAAAUGGACUUGUGUUCAAAAUUAUUUCUUCAGUUGUUAUAAUCCUCUAGCAGGUGGGGAAGAAUUAGGAAUUAGUCAUGCUGUCAAAAUGGUGCUCUGAACAGGAUUCAGGGCAACAACUGCCAUGUAAGUGUUGUCUUCCUUGUUCAUUUAUAAGUCUGUUAAUGAACUGUAGGUUUUCCCUGAAACUAAGUUGAAUCAUUUCUAAAAUGAAAUAGGCUUCUCAGGGACGUAGCCACUUCUGUGUUUGGAUUAAAGCACCAAGCAGAGACCACAUUAUUUCACUCUGUGAUCUCUACUGUGAAUUUUAAGAAACCAAAAUAUAACUGAAAGAAGGCUGGCAGAGCACAAGUGAAUUUCUUCACUAUGGGAGAAAAGAUCUAGUGACACAUUGUCAUUUUUUUGAUUAUUGCUUCACGGGUUGAGUAAAAGCAUGAAAACUCAA